CUAACAAGAGUACACGGUGUAUAGUGACAUCAGUAGCUCUGGGAUCUUUUCCCAGGUUUAGGAAACGCACUCAGUGGAGCCCUGUUUUGUAGGUUACCCUUAGCACAAAUCUCUUAGAAGCGGAUUAUCAGCACCUCGAGCUUUCAGAGCAUCACUGGAGACUGGACUGGAUAGACACAGGACGGGUGGUGUCCAUGGUAACGGACAGCAGGAACGAUUAGCUUUGUCUUGGAUGCCGCAAAACGCAGCGGACAACCUGAGACUGAGAAAAUUGCACCUGUUCAAGGAUUUAAAGCCACGUUUAUUGGCUUGCCAGCAUAAGAAUUGUGCUCAAACGAACCGAACACCACUUAACGAAGCUUUGUUGUAGGAGGAAAGGUUGAGGAGAGAAACCGUGUCUGUUUAAAUGCGGUAACUUUAGAGAUGAGCUAAUCUGCUAAUAACACGAGCACAAAUCCUCAGGGUUUAUAGUUUUCAUCAAACGGCAUGUUUCAUUUUUCCCAUCAACACCCUAUUGUUCUGUGGUGUAUUUGAACGAUGAUGUAGCUCGUUCCUUUAGAGCGUCAUCGUCUCUUUUUGGACCUGAACUUAAGCCGCCUUACCUCCAGUUACCUGAAUCGACUAUGGUGUCGACUCGUCCGUGACUCCUCCAGCCUCACCAGUAUGCUGCCGGGUUCCAUUCAGAUCACAGGAGAGGCGCUGUCUGGAGCAGAAAUACGAGACAUUUGCGACAGUCUGAAGGAGAACAGCGUGAGGUUGUUGUCGGUGAGAGGAUGUCAGCUGUCUGACCGGGACUUCGGGCGCGUGUGUCGCGGUGUGUCCGAGUCGCGCUCGCUCGCGCAGCUCAACCUGAACCUGGGCGUGGUGUCGAGCAGCGGCCGCGCAAAGCAGCUCGCGGAGGCGCUCACAGCCAACAGGUCCAUACAGACACUGUUUCUGCAUGGAAGCCCUCUUUUAGAUGCAGGGUUGGUCACUCUGAACACAGCGCUGUCAACUCACCCCUCUCUGGUGUCCUUGGACCUUGGCGAUUGUAUGCUGGGAGAUGAAGCGAUUCAGCUGAUUUGUGGCAUGUUGCCUCCAGAUGGGGCCAAAUCUGGUCUAAGAGAGUUGACGCUAAGUGCAAACCCAGCAGUCACGACUAAAGGCUGGGCUCGCCUGGCAAUCGCAGUGGCUCACAGCUCACAACUGCGGGUCCUUAAUCUAGACUACAAUCCCUUAGGGGACCAGAUAGCCGGAAUGCUGGCGGUUGCUGUGGCAUCCAGCAGGACUCUGGAGGUUUUAGACUUGGAGGGAACAGGGCUCACAAAUCAAUCAGCACAGGUCUUCCUGGACAUGGUGGAGAACUACCCGACCUGUCUGCGUGUGCUGGUGCUGGCUGAGAACGCCAUCAGCCCUGAGCUACAGCAGCAGAUCUCUGACCUCCUGUCUGAGGGCGAGGAGGAUGAGGACAGGGAUGCUGAGGCCCAUGGCAGCUCAGUCACCAUGCGUGAGAAACCUGCCUGGCUUCCUCACAGCAACCCCCACUCCCAGAUGGUCCUGAUGUCAUCAGGACUGGGUGAGAGCUUUUUGGGAGAGACUGACUUGUGAUAACUGGAGCUGCCUUUGGUUUUAGGUUUGCACUGCACGCCGCUACAGUCAGCCCACGUGCUAGCGUGCAGCCACUCACAAAGCAUGACGUGUAGCAUUUAGCGCUAGACUGUUCAAAGCCGGCACAAAAAAAAAACCUCGACCACCAAGUGACUUAUACACUAUAGUAAAUUAUUUAUUUGCCUGAUGUACAAUCUAUUUAUAAGUUACUAUUUAAGCAACAGUGUACUCCUGAUUAGAUCAGCUAAGUAGGGUUGUUGUAAUGGCCUGAAUAAAUCUAUUUACAUCUUUCU